CAAAACCAUUUUCCUCAUCUGAUCAGGGAGUAAACCUGAGCUCUCUCUCUCUCUCUCGUCCACACUCCCUGUAUCUAGAAUUCCACUAUCCCGAUGUCGAAACAGACCAACAAACAGACCUACAAAAUAUGCUUCUGCUUCCGCCGGCGGUUCCCGCUAACCGCAACGGAAGCACCGGACGAGGUCAAAAGCCUGUUCGACCAGUACUCGGAGAAUGGAGCAAUGUCCGUUGACCAUCUCCGGAGGUUCUUGAUUGAGGUCCAGAAGGAAAGUGACCUUACCGUAGAGGACGCUCAGGCCAUCAUUGACUCUCUCGGCCACCUCCACGAGCUCCGGCACCUCAAUAUUUUUGCCCGAAAAUGCAUCACUAUCGAGGCCUUCUUCAAGUACCUCUUCUCUGACACCAACCAUCCUCUCCCGCCUGCUAGGGUACACCAUGAUAUGUCUGCGCCAUUGUCUCAUUAUUUCAUAUAUACGGGUCACAAUUCAUAUCUGACCGGGAAUCAACUCAGCAGUGCCUGCAGCGAUGGCCCCAUCAGAAAUGCACUGCAGAGAGGAGUGCGGGUAAUUGAAUUGGAUAUAUGGCCAAACUCCAAGAAAGAUAAUGUGGAGGUUCUUCAUGGAAGGACACUGACUACUCCAGUGGAACUCAUAAAAUGUUUGAAGUCUAUAAAGGAGCAUGCCUUCACUGCAUCUGAAUAUCCAGUUGUGAUAACUCUAGAAGACCACCUUACUCCAGAUCUUCAGGCUAAAGUGGCUGAAAUGGCCACUCAAACUUUUGGAGACAUACUCUUUUGCCCUGGCUCAGAAUCCUUGAAGGAGUUCCCAUCCCCAGAAUCGUUGAAGAAAAGGAUUAUCAUUUCAACCAAACCACCUAAGGAAUACCUCGAGGCCAAAGAAAUCAAAGAAAAAGAAAGUGAUUCACAGAAAGGGAAAGCUUUAGGCGAUGAACAGGCUUGGGGGAGAGAAGUCUCUAACCUAAAAGGCAUACCUGUGGCAAAUGACAAGAAUGAUUUGGAUGAAGAUGAUAAUAAUGAAGGGGAAGAUCUUGAUGAUGCAGAUCCUAAGUCAAACCAACAUGCAGCACCUGAAUAUAAACGUUUAAUUACCAUUCAUGCUGGUAAGCCAAAAGGUGGAUUACAGGAUAGUUUCAAGGUGGAUCCUGAGAAAGUGAGACGACUUAGCUUAAGUGAGCAACAGCUUGAGAAGGCUGUACAGAUUCAUGGAAAAGAAAUUGUCAGGUUUACCCAGCGAAAUAUUCUGAGGGUUUAUCCAAAGGGUAUACGCAUUGACUCAUCAAAUUACAACCCACUGAUUGGGUGGUCGCAUGGAGCUCAAAUGGUUGCAUUUAAUAUGCAGGGACAUGGAAGAUCACUGUGGUUGAUGCAUGGAAUGUUCAGAGCAAAUGGUGGGUGUGGUUAUAUUAAAAAACCAGAUUUCCUGUUGAAUACUGGUCCACAUAAUGAGGUCUUUGAUCCUAAUGUUAUAUUGCCGGUGAAAAAGACUCUGAAGGUGACUGUCUAUAUGGGGGAAGGAUGGUAUCAUGAUUUCACUCACACGCACUUCGAUGCGUUUUCCCCACCAGAUUUCUAUGUGAGGGUUGGAAUUGCUGGGGUGUCUGCUGAUACUAUAAUGAAGAAAACAAAGACAUUAGAGGAUAAUUGGGUGCCUGAUUGGAAUGAAAAAUUUGAGUUUCCACUGACUGUCCCAGAACUGGCUUUGCUUAGAAUUGAAGUUCACGAGUAUGACAUGUCUGAAAAGGAUGAUUUCGGAGGCCAAACAUGUCUACCUGUGUCCGAACUGAGAAGUGGGAUUCGAGCUGUUCCACUUCAUAGCAUUGAGGGAGAGAAAUACAAAUCUGUAAAGCUUCUUAUGCGCUUUGAAUUUGUGUGAUGCAUUGGUGGUCCCAAUCUAUGGGCGGGUUGAAAGAAGGGUAAAAUAAUGUACAGCUUUUAACUGUUCUCGUCCCUUUUUUUAGGCAGUUUUAUUGAGAAGAUGUAUAUGGUUGUACUUGUUAUACUUGACGCCUGUUUUGUGGUAUUUAUACAUGUAAAACCUUCCUUUCUGUUCAGGGUUAUGGUGUGCAAAACUGUAAUGUAUUUUCGUGAGUUAUAGA